AUGAACGACUCAUUCCUAGAAGAUUUAGGUCUAGUGGAACAGAAGGGAGGAUCUACGGUCCGCGAUGCAGAACGAUACAUAACAACUCGCCGUUCGGAGUCACCCAAAGUUGAUUUUAGCGUUGAGUUUGAGCGCGAGAUCAUGCGAAAGCAGGCGAAGUUCUCGGCUUCUCCAGGGCUUCCAAAAGGGUCAACUGGGGUUCUGGAGAUGUCAGAGGCAAAACAACAGUCUCCCAGAUCGACAGAUCCUCAAAAGCCCUCAGGAAAACGUCUGAGUGAUCCAAAGCUUAAGAAGCCCAUAAAAGAAUUGAAAAUCAUAACACCUCCGUCAAAGCCCAAGCAUCCUGAGAAAAAAAUUAAACCAGUGGAGGCAAAGUUGAAGCAAGUAGAGAAUCUCGAUAAAUUAGAGGACCUGAAGGUGAUUCAGGGAUUCAAAACACGGGGGAAACGGCUGGGUGGUACGAAAGAGAGCAACAGACUGUCGGAUGGAUCCUCCAAGGAGAAUAGUAGACCCUCUGAUUCUUCUGGGGACAGUGGCCAGAUGGAAAUCCUCAAGGAACGUCGCAGAGGAGCCGACACACCUGGGAAGAAAUCUGAGCCUGUUGAUAAUGCAUCAUUGACCAUGUUGAAUGCCAUCAAGGAGAUUGUCAGCACUUACACAAAGGUGGAGAGUAGUAAAGUCAUGAGGAUGAUGCAGGAUCUCUACAUAAACUCCCAAUCCAACAUGAUCAAGCAGUUGAUGCUCGUAACUGAUGACUUGAGGGAGCUGAAUCUCAGUGAGGGCUCGCCUAGGUUCCAAGCACUCGUUCGGGAGAAUAAUCAGCUGCUGGAGAAUGUGGCAUUUCUCAGGAGUCGGGUCGAUGAACUACAGAAAACGGCGGAGGACUUUGAUAGGCUGAAGCAGGAGAAUCUUGUGCUGAGAACGAGGAUCAGGGAUCUAGAGCAGAAGUGAGGAGUUUGAGGUGUAAAAAGUUCUACGCCAUGUUGAUAUUUUAAGUGCAGGGGAGUUUUGUACUAAAUUUUGUAUUUUUAUGAUUAUUCAUUUAUUAAAGUUUUGCAUUACCCGAAA